AAAAAAUAACAUUAAAAAACAAAAAAACCUGAUAGGUUUAGAAGAAUGAAUGGCCUGCGUGCCUGUUAACAAAAACUCUCUACUCUGGAGCAUUGGUGAGGAUCUUUGGCCAGAAAUGGCAGCAUCAUCUCGAAACUUGUUUGAAAUGCAGAUUGUGGUCCACCAUCCCAAACCUGCUGGAAGAGAACUUUUGGAGAUUAAACAGACAUCACAGGGAUCAGUAUCAUUUAAGGAUGUGACUGUGGGCUUCACCCAGGAGGAUUGGCAGUGCCUGGACUCAAGUCAGAGGUCCCUGUACAGGGACGUGAUGCUGGAGAACUACAGCCACCUUGUCUCCGUGGGUAAGGGCUGUUUUUAUGUAAUUUCAAGUAGUGUGUUGUAG